AUGCCAGUCACCAUCACCCCCAUUCCCAGCUUUAUUUGCGAAGAUAUCGUGUUCGACUGGGCUUUCACCAAAAUUCGAAACUGUAUUGUCAACAAACAUUUAGGAAACAUUAAAGCCACGUCCACCUCUCACUACCUUGUCAACUUCCUGGAAUUCCUCCACAGCCACCUGGACAAACGAAACACCUCUGUAGUUGUUGCUUUUGUGGACUUGAGGAAAGCCUUUGAUCUUGUUGACCACACUGUUGUAAUAAACAAGGCCAUCAGUCUGGGUCUCCCCCUUAAUCUGGUAGCAUGGCUCACUGACUUCCUUACGGGGAGGCAGCAGGCCAUCCGCUUUCAGGGCUUCGCCUCCGCUUUCUAA